CGUCUUCUCGAGGAAGAGGAACCCUUGAGUUAUUAUUACAGUAUUAUCAGGGUUUAAGCUUUUAUCUUCCCUCUCAUGGGCGUGCCCCUUAGCUCAUGGACCUUGUAAUCUACCCCACUCCUCUUUCCACCCUGCAGCGCCAACCUUCAUUUCUUUCCCCCUUAAGCCUCGCCUUCCCCAGAACUAAAAAAAUCCGCCUACUCUCCCAUUCUUCACCCCUCUGUGGCCGCUCGAGAUUCCGGAUUUCAGCUCAGUUUCACCGGCGCUCCGUCCGCCAGAACCAUCUGAGAAGAAAGAUCCAACGUCAGGAGGUUAGUGGUGGCGAUUCUGUUAUUUCUUCUCCCAUUUCUCAAAGUGCCAAGGAAAUUGAAAAUGUUGAUCGAAUUGGGAAAAAUCUUGAUUCUCACAUUCUUCGAGAGUCCACUACCCUGCGGGGUGAUAUUAAUCUAUCAGUCCCUUCUGGGGGAGAAUCCCUCUUGUUGGAUAAAUUAGAGAAUUGGGUUGAGCAGUAUAGGAAGGACACGGAGUUCUGGGGCAUUGGGACAUGUCCCAUCUUCACGGUUUAUGGAGAUUCUCAGGGUAAGGUUGAAAGGGUUGUUGUAAACGAGGACGAAAUCCUCAGAAGGAGCAGAGUUCCGCCACCAUUGUUUAAGGAUGUUGCGGCGGUUGAGGAUCUCAGUGAAGUCAAUGAAAAACUAUCCGUUGCCAAAUCGUUGGCUCGGGAAAUGGAAACUGGGAAAAAUGUGAUACCAACAAACAGUUCGGUUGCAAAGUUUCUGAUCUCCGAUGAGGGGAAGCUAGACAUUGUCCUGAAGGGGACGACAAGUGGGUUCAGUCUAAAUCCGAGCUCCUAUAAAAUUCCACCUCAUUCUGGAAUUGCAGUAUUGUGUGGUCUUGUUGCAACACUGGGUAUGAAGACGUUGUUUAAGUCUGGGAAGAGUGAACAGUACCUUACAAGAUUAGAGAAAGAAAUGCUGAGGAGAAAGAGAGAAGCUAGAGUGAAGAAAGAGAAAAUGGUGAUUGGUGGUGUGGAAGUUGUCCGUGGAUUCGCAGAGCAUAACAACAUCCUUUCUAUUGAACGGCCUGAGCUUGAUAAAGAAAAACUCAUGACUAGCAUAACGAAUUCAACGGAGUCACGUAAUAAACCAAGAUUGCCAGAACAUUCAAGCAACCUGCAUAUCAGCGAUGCAGAAUUUGAGAAUAAGAUUCAUGAAAUCAGAGAGUUGGCUAGGCAUGCUAGAGAAUUGGAAGAUAAAGGUCCUUUUUCAAAUAAAGAUGGAGAAGAAAAAGAAGUUAGAAUACUGAGUUGUGUAGCUUCAAAGAAUCUUGAUAGUGCUAUAAGUUCUACAGGAAAUGUAAGUGAAUUGAUGCAUGAUGCGAGCUUGUUGAAUAAUGUCGCUGGCAUAACUGAACAAUCUGACAGUGCAGGUGGCCUCCCAAGCAAGCCACGUAAAAAUCGUAAGAAAACAAAAUCAAGGAUCAUAACGUCGGUGAAGGAAGCUAGAGAAUACCUUUCUAGGAAAUGUGAAGAAACCCAAGAGAGAAUAGUGGCAACUGUCGAAGAAGUAGACACCGAAGCCGCCAAUCUAGUGGAAAAGAAAGAUAUUGGCCAUGUGCGCGUGAAACCUGAUGGGUACUUGGAAAGUUCUAAUUACGGAAGGAAAAAACCUGUUCCCCAAGCCUGUUUUGAACAGGCUGAUUCCCCACCUACCAAUUCAAUGGAGUUCUUCAAUGGCUCUAAUUGUGAUAUGGAGAAAUAUCUUCCAAUUGAUAAUAAUUCUGUAGCUCCACCAGGCAACUCAGCAAUGGAGAAUAGCUCGAAGCAGGAUGAUGAUGAGAACUUGCUUGUCUCACCCUCCAUUUCACUUGAAGCAUCAACUAACUGUGAGGAUUCCACUUUCACAAAUGAGCCAUCUGCUCCAGCCAUGGAAAUCCUAAAGGAUGUCAAGGAAAGAGUAGCAGAAUGUUCAGAUAUUCCAGAAACUCCCUCUGGCUUAAAAGAGACGGCUCCGUUCGUAAAUAAGGAGAAUUGGUUGGAGAAGAAUUUUCAUGUACUUGAGCCAGUAAUCAAGAAAAUGCAGACAGGCUUUAGGGAUAACUACUUGGUUGCAAAAGAUAAAUCUAAUCUAGAGUUGGAUGCAAAGUCAAAUCCACUUAAUCUUGAGAGUAGUAAAUACGGUGGAGAACUUGAAUGGGUGGAAGAUGAAAGGCUCCAAGGGAUUGUAUUUAAAGUUCGAGACAAUGAGCUAGCUGGAAGAGACCCGUUUUUCCUAAUGAGCGAAGAUGAUAAACUUGCUUUCUUUGAUGGCCUUGAGAAGAAAGUUGAACAAGAGAACAAGCAGCUUUUGAAUUUGCAUGAAUGGCUGCAUGCAAACAUUGAAAACCUUGAUUAUGGAACAGAUGGUAUCAGUUUGUAUGACCCACCACAGAAAAUAAUGCCUCGGUGGCGAAGUCCUCCCAUGGAGAAAAUUCAGGAGUUACUAAAUAGCAAUGUGGGGCUGGGAAAGACAGCUAAGGGAAGUACUAAAGACUCUAGUCUCCAAAAUACAUACGGGCGAGAGGCACAUCUGAAACCAGCAGAAUCUCCAUCGAAUGCUAAAGUCAGUUCUUCUUUGUUGAAGAAGCCUGCAAAAGCUCCAAAGACCAUUAUAGAAGGAAGUGACGGUUCAACUCGAGCUGGGAAAAAAUCUGGGAAAGAGUAUUGGGAGCAUACAAAGAAAUGGUCACGAGAGUUCCUAGAGUCGUACAAUGCAGAGACAGACCCAGAAAUUAAAAGUAUUAUGAGAAAUAUAGGGAAGGACUUGGACAGAUGGAUUACUGAGAAAGAGAUACAAGAAGCCAGUGAACUCAUUGAUGGAUUGCCCAACAGGGGGAAAAAGUUCAUCAGUGAGAAACUCGACAAAGUCAGAAGAGAAAUGGAAGUAUUUGGACCUCAAGCUGUGGUGAGCAAAUAUCGCGAGUAUGGUGAUGAGAAGGAAGAGGAUUACUUGUGGUGGCUAGAUUUGCCACAUAUACUGUGCAUUGAAAUGUACAUCAAGCAAGAAGGGGAGAUGAAAGUGGGCUUCUAUUCAUUGGAAAUGGCUUCUGAUUUGCAAUUGGACCCUCCACCAAAUCAUGUUAUCGGUUUUGAGGAUGCUGGAGACUGUAAAAAUAUGUGCUACAUCAUACAAGCUCACUUGGAAUCACUUGGCCAUGGAAAUGCCUUUGUUGUCGCGCAGCAUCCGAAGGAUGCUUUCCGGGCAGCCAAAGCAAAUGGUUUUGGUGUAACUGUGAUCAAGAAAGGGGAGCUGCAGCUGAAUGUUGACCAGCGGCUAGAAGAGGUGGAGGAGUUUAUCUGCGAAAUAGGGAGUAAGAUAUACCAUGAUAGACUCAUGCGGGAACGUGGUGUUGAUAUGGAGGCUGUAGUGAAGGGCAUGUUUGGUACUGGAAAGGAACCUCCCUGCAGUAAUAAGACAACAGAGAGAAAACAAAGGAAGCUGCUUGACAUUGACAGUACAAGGAAAUAGCUCAAAGUAUGAGUAGUUGUGGAAAUUGUAAAUCCAAAUCAAGCUUGUAACAGAAUUCUCAAGGCUUCUUUAGCUCAGUCUAUACAGCUUGUCGUGCAACACAAUAUGAACCUCUCUCUCUCUCUCAUACACACACUUGUUAUGUUUUUUUUUCAAAUGAAUAAACGAUGUGGAGGCAG